AUGCCACUUCGACUAAGGUCGCCUUCCGCAUCAAGCGAUGACGCCCCCUCACUUACAUUUAACUGGGAUAACGUCGGACGUCCACUCACUCCAGAUUCAACCGUUUCCGACAAUGCACCAUCACCACCUGCCAAUCUUUUGCCUAUAGAAGACAUGUAUGUCUAUGGAGCUGCACCUUUGAUACAACCACCAGCUGGUAUCGUUCGGUGUCGAGAGUGUGACAAACCCCUUCUGGCUACCGCGCUUGCAACCCACGCUGUUAAUUGUGCCGAAAUCCGUGCUGGAGGAGAUAAAACCAAGCUCAAAGAAGAUGGUUCCACAAGUAAGAAACGGAAGUCCGACGGUGACGAACCAGAUGGACCCAAGAAGAAGAAGUCGAAGAAGAGGCUGCUAAAUCGGGCAAAGGUGCUCGUAUCAAAGGUAAGGCGUCUCACUUUACCAUAUCAACCGCUUUUUCCUACUAACCUUCACCCACGCUCAGGCCCGCUUAACCUUGACAAACACUGUGGGGUGAUCAACAAGAAUGGGAUGCCCUGCGCACGUAAUAUUACCUGCAAAGUCCACGGGAUGAACGCCAAGCGGGCUGUCCAAGGCCGUACUAAAUCCUACGACCAACUCUUCAUCGAACACAAACGAGCGACUGACCCUAACUAUGUCGAACCAGUAAAACGCGAGACCAAGGCUGAGAAAAAGGCUAAGAAGGACCGCGAACGAGAACUUAAAAAGGCUGAGAAAGAGGCGGUUGCAGCGAAAAAACGAAAGCACCCGGGCGCACCUCACCAAGGUGGUGGUGGCGGUGGAAUAAAUGGCGGGCAAGUUCGGGGAGCGUCCACCGACUAUGAGAGUGGCUUAGACACCGACGUGGAAAUGGAUGUCCUCAUUCGCAGUGUACGGGCCACUCGACCCGUACCGCUUGCCGAUCGCGAUAACGUAGGCAAUUGGUUUAUUGCACGCAACGAAUGGCUACGAAGCACUCGAGAUCUUCUUGGCGAUGCAUUGGGAGGGGCGGGAUUUUCGGCUAGAAGAAUUGGCUAG